AUGGUCGCGAAGCUGAGAACCCUCUCUGGAUGCUUGCCUUGCCGCCGACGUCGAAAGAAAUGCGGCGAGGAGAAGCCUCUGUGCGCCGCAUGUCGACGCAAUGGGAUUACGUGCCAAUGGCCAACGGUAGAACGCGUUGAUGGGCGUCGUCGACGCCAUUGCAAAACGAUCACUUCCAAGCGCCCUGUGACGGCUGAAUCAGAAGAACCCUCCGGCCAACAUUGCGCCUCGCCGCUACUAACGAGUAGUGUAAAACAAUUUCACGCCGUUUUUGAAGGACGAGGCUCUCUUCUGGUUGACUACUGUUUAAUUCAUUUCCUCCCUUCUCAAUAUCACCAAGCUGCUGAUGGCAAAUCGAUCGUGGACCUCUCUUACUUGUGUUACAUGUGCUUGGACUCACCCGCCCUUCUAAAUGCCGUUGCUGCUUGUGCCACAAUUGACCUUUCUAGAGAUGCCAAUGGCCAGGAGGAGUCGGCACGGAGGCUUUAUAUGAUGGCAAUGUCUGAGAUAUCGACAGGGAUUGCCCGCAAAUCCUUAACUGGGACAGAGGAUCACCUCUUGGCAGCCGUAAUCUGGCUAUGUGUUUUCGAGAAAUCUUGUGCCCGCGGACGCGAACACAGCGCAAUACAUGCUGCCGCCUUGCGCAGGAUCUUGCUUUUGCGUGAACCCAUGAACCCCGAACAUGUUUCCACGGCAGAACUCAUUUGGGAACGGAUGUGUGUGGAGUCUUAUAUUUAUCAUAGCGCCGUAACGACUCUCUUUGAUUGCCAACCGGAUCUUGUGAAUGAUACUUUUGCGGUUCUGGAGAAAUUCCAAGGCGGUAUGUCUCCAUGGCCAAGCACUGGAAACGACCGACAAGAAUCCAUGUCAACGGUGUCAUCUAUUCAAUCUCCUGUGCUUGGGGCUCCGUAUCACAUGUUCCUGGCUCUCAUGGAAGGAAUCAGGCUUGUUCGCACGGGGAGUCCUUCUUCUCAGGAUAAUUUGAUGUUUGCAUGGUCAUACUAUCAUAACGUCAGCCACAUGCAGUCCGCGCUUGAUACAGUUUACACCUAUUAUGAGGAUCCACGGAGAUGGAUUGGAAGACUGUAUGCGACCGCGAUUCGCCUAUUAUUUCUUUAUUUUAUCUCCUGCGGGCAGAAUAACUGUCAGGAAAAGUCUAGAUUGCUUCUGUGCUACGCAGAAAUGCAAUGCACCUUUGACGAAGCCAGAAAACUUCUCAUAGCCACAGAAGGCGAAAUUGACAGAACUUGGGGUAAGUUCUUUUUAUGGCCCCUAGCAGUCAUCGGUGCCAUGGUAUGCAACGAAAGCGACAUUGCUCUAGUGCGGAACUGGCUGGAUCGUGUCCUUAAAAGAGGUAAUAGCAGCGGUGUUAUUAUCAUCAAAGAGGUUUUAGAGCAGCGGGUAUGGCAACAUUCAAAGAAUGAAUGGCUCGAGAAUGCCAGUUCAUUCUAUGCCCCAGGCCUUUCAAUUAUGCUCGACACCAAUAUAAUGAACGCUACUGCAGCUAAUCUGGUUCGAAAUGUCUCAGAUCAGCCUUUUGCCUCGACCUAUAAAACUUGGCCAGGCGAUGACGUGAAAUGA